AGUGUUUUGCAGCAAUUGAACUGAGGUAGUUUUACAUUACUGCACAGUAAAGUAUCCUCAAAACAUAUUAUAAAACAAUCACAAUUUCCUCAUUUUUAAACUUUCAUAAAAACAUUACCGUGAUUUCACUGUAAAUUUGUUGUGAAAGUUCAAGGAAAAUCUGUACCAAAGUCAAAAUACAUUGUAACACAAUAAUCCUUUAUAUUUGAACUCUCAAUCCUAACUAUAAAUGUCCUUAGCGUUACUUUACUGAAGAGCUAAGCCUUUUAAUUAAAUAAAAGUCGACAUAGCCUAAUCUACACAGAUGGUAAGGAGCUGCCAUGCAAGGUGUCAUUAGGAGCAAUUUGGGGUUCAGUGUCUUGACACUUCAACAUGUGAACAAGAGGAGCUGGAGUCUGGAGAUCAAACUGAGCCACAGUCACCUCCUAAGAUAAGUUAACAUGUCCCAAGCCUAACUCUUUAAUCAAAGAAGCUGAAAUCAAAGAACUAGGACUAAAAAAGGCUGUAUUUUGUUUAAACUUGCACUUGAACACACCUCAAUAACUACAGUCGGUGACUGCCAGCUGACUGUCGACGUGUUUGUUCUUCGUAUGUCACAGGAAAUAACUAGUCACCAUUCAUUUGUAUUUGUACAACAAAAUAAACAAUAUUAUUCUUUUUACAUGCAAUGUAUAAUAUAUAUGAAAACUGUUGCUUUGUUGUGGUCUUUUGGGAUGUAACCAAGUGAUGAUGAGCUCAAAGGUCCCAACAGCAUCUGACUGAUGGCCGGAUGUUUCUUAAAAAGCUUAUUCAGUGAUUUACCAUUGCACUACCGUAAAGCUGUGGGACUAACAAAACAAGGGAGCAGCAGCAGCAAUCAAAUCACAACUCUCUCUAGAAUAGAUUGAGCUCCAAAACCACUGAUUUCCUACAUUUACCAUAAUGCAAAUAGCAUCAUUAAACAGACCCUCCCUGCCCCCUUUUGGUGAUGUAAGGUUAUGGUGAGGCUUGGGUUUUAUAUUCCUGCCUGCUGUUACAGCCAUAAGCGUGUACACAUAUGCUUUAAUCUUUUUAAGCAUCACACAAACAGGCUGCUUUACUUUGGUUAACUGGUUGAAGCAAAUAAAUCCGGCCCUCAAAACUUGUUUCACCACAUCUGUCACUUUAUGCGGCCUUCAUAACAUAUUCAUCCUCCUCCUAAUUUUAUUAUCCAAUCAGGAUUCAAAGGUAACUUCCUCCAGGUGUAACUAAGCAGAAGUAUGUGAUCAUGUAGGCGUGGUUAGUUUUCACCACCAAAAACAGGACAACAGCAACAUUUCAUAUGUUUUCCUCUGUCAUCAUUCAUAAAAUAUCACCUGUCUCUAUCUUACUUUUAUUGAACAUAAUGAAGGAGAAAGUGAGAUUCGUUGUUUUGCUCCUCAGUCAAGCAGCCAUGGCUUCCAGAGACCCAGAAGUGGUUUGCUCUUCUGAUCCAGUGGAAGCUGCAGUCAGUGAGGACGUGAUUCUGCAGUGCCACCUUGAACCCCCACUGGAUGCAACAAAUAUGACAGUGGAGUGGAGUCGUGGGAGCCAUAACCAGUUUGUACACCUGCAUCAAGACGGAAAAGACAGUCCUGCAGAGCAGAAGGAGCACUUUGAAGGAAGAACGUCUCUCUCUCAUGAGGGUCUGACCAAAGGAAACCUGUCACUGAAACUCUCCUCAGUACAGCUCUCUGACGCUGGAAGAUACAGAUGCUCCUUUCACACUGAAAAAGUGCACAAGAGUUGUUAUGUUAACCUCACUGUUGCAGAAAAUAAAAACAACACAGAAGAGCAACAAGCAGCUUUCAGUUACAAAACUGCCAGACGCCUUCACAAAGGCGUUGUCGCUGUCAUUGUCAUUAUUUGUAUUAUCAUUGUCAUAUUUGGGUUGAAAUGUGAAAUAAACGGUGCUGUGUGCGAAUGUCUGGGAGCGUGUGUGGAAAUGUGUCUGGAUCUACUGUAACACGUUUGAGAAGCACUACUGGUUUUAAUGUCAUCGAAAGAUUUUCACAAGUUAGUUUCUGUAAAACACUCCUGUCAAACAUUCUAGUUGAUCAGAAAUACCCACUUCAGGCUCAAGGCAUUUUUUUUGGAUGUUGCUACGCGUAAAUUAGCAAGAAUGAAGAUGCAACAUUCGCUUAGACUUUCAAAAUAAAACUAGUGGUUAUCAUUGUGAAAACAUCACAGCUAGGUUUAGGCACAAUAACUACUCUGUUAGGAUAGAAAGAAAUCAUGGUUGGGGUUACAUUAACUAUGUUAGGUACGCUACUUAUGAAACUUAUGUAAGUGUAAUCACUUAAAAUGAGUAAUGUUGACUUUUGUUUCAGGAAAUCAACACUGACCUCCUGGGUCAAAAUCUAGUUUCUGACCCACCAACCCAUUCAGCCCAACCACCUCAUUGCUCUGACUUUUCUGCUUAUAUAUAGCUGUACUUUUAACAUUGAACAAUGGCAUUGAAGAGCUUCCCCCAGUGUGUUGAAAUAUAACACUCUGGGGCACCUUGUGCAUUCGUACCAGACACCAAAGUACUUGACAAAGCAUCCAUAUGUGACACCCUGGGAAUAAAAACGGGUUGUUUUAAAAGUAGGCUGACACUUUUAGGAGUGAUGUUUUGCAUGAAAGAAGAAUAUCUUUUUGUACUCAAAUAAAUGCGAUGUAAAGAUCAGUCAGGAUAACAUAUUCUCGUCAAGGGAAACAUCACUUAUUUUACACAU